AUGUUCCAUGCCUUUUUUAGAUCUAUCUUUCGGGUUCUGCCACUGCUCCUUGUUCUGUCUCCAGUGAAUUCAUCUAGUUGUGCAAUGGGAAAUAAAACAACUGAAAUCCGUGUGAAGUAUGAGAAUAUACUAAGCCACGACAUCGAUGAGCUGGUGAAUAUGUCUGCAGAGUAUCGUGACAGGUGCUGCAAGAAUAAAAAACAUGAAAAUAGCAAAGUGUUUUUCUGCAAUGAUACUCAGGAAAUAGAAUCACUACAGAGUAUGGCAUGCAACAUGCUCAGAUUUUUUCAUAAGCAAAAAAUCAGCAAAAUCUUUAGAUGGAAAGCAGCAUUAGUCUCAUGUGGGACAUUACAGGUUCUACAGUGCAAAUGUGAAAGACAUAAAAAAGAAAAGGUUUGCAUUCAGGUAAAUACACAUAAUAAAGAAGACACAGAAACAGGUGAACAGUCCAAAAAGAAAUGUAACCAAGAAUUUUGUGAACUGAAACAAAAUAUAUCUAACCUUCGAUCCUGCUGGAAUAAAUUUGAAAAAAUUAUUUCCAGGUGA